CAGUUUAAGUUCAAUGACAGAUGACUAGCUGACAUGUUAAACUCUGGAGAACAUACAUGUCUUCAAUGAUGCAUAGCAAUCAAAAAGAGCAUUUGUUUAAAAUCCUUGUCAUAGGUGAUUUAGGAGUAGGGAAAACCAGCUUAAUCAAGCGGUAUGUUCAUCAGACGUACUCCACUAAUUACAGAGCGACCAUUGGUGUGGAUUUCGCGCUCAAAGUUCUCAACUGGGACUCAGAGACGGUCCGGCUGCAGCUGUGGGACAUCGCAGGUCAAGAGCGCUUCGGGAACAUGACGCGAGUUUAUUAUAGAGAGGCCAUGGGGGCAUUCAUUGUUUUCGAUGUUACCAGGCCUACAACUUUCGAGGCAGUCUCCAAAUGGAAGGAGGAUCUGGACUCAAAAUUAAUACUUUCAAAUGGCCAGGGUAUUGCCACAGUGCUCCUUGCCAAUAAGUGUGACCAAAAUAGAGACUUUCUGACAAACAACAGCCUGAAGAUGGACCAGUUCUGCAAGGAGAAUGGAUUUUUGGGCUGGUUUGAGACAUCUGCUCGGGAAAACAUCAACAUUAAUGAAGCAUCCAACUUUCUAGUGAAACACAUAAUCGCCAGCGAGCAUGACAUCCUCAAAUCUGUGGUUCCGGACACCAUCUCUCCUCAGCUCAACUCUACUAAAGAAAUGACCUGCUCUGCCUGUUUCAAACCCUGACAAAAUGGUGACAGCUUAUGGAAGCAGCAGGGGUGUUCCCUGGGGCUGAAAAGGAUCACAUCACAAUCCUUCUGAUACUAGCUAGCAUUAUGGUCAUUCGUUGAUAAGCCGAAACCAACAGAGAGAUGUGUCUGUCCAUUGGUAACAGUUUUGUACAUCAUUAAACUACAGGCUUUUUGGUAACACUUUACAAAAAGGUUCCAUUUGUUAACAUUGGGUACCAUGAACUAACAAUUAACAAUAUAAUUCUUAAAGCAUUUAUUAAGAUUUGUUUAUAUUAGUUAAUAAAAAUACAAUGGUUCAUUGUUAGUUCGUGGUGCAUUAACUAAUGUAAACAAAUACAACUUUUGAUUAAAAAAUUUUUAUUAGUAUAUGUUAAAAUUAACUAAAAUUAAUAAAUGCUUAAUAAGUAUUGUUCAUUGUUAGUUCAUGUCAACCAAUGUUGUUAACUUAUGUUAACAAAUAGAACCUUAUUGUAAAGUGUUACCGACUUUUUAGCUUGCACACAGAGUUAAUGUAUUUGUUUAUGAAGCUGCACUUUUUUAGUCUUUUUGUGUUAUUUAUGGAUAACAAUAGUCUGGGGAAUUCUGGACUAGCAUGCUUGGCUACACUAAGUGAGAGAUGACAUCUUAUUUCUGUUAGACAGACAGAUGGCUGAUGAUAGUUUCAGAGGAUCUAAAGAAGUAUUUUAUCAGUAUGUACAACGUCAAUAAAGUUGUUUUCUGUGUUUUAAUUUCCAUCCGAGUCAAAUGAAAAAUAACAUCAAGCUUUCUUAAAAUAUUCAUUAUAAUUAGGAGGGCUGUUGAUAGGCAGACAUGAUAAAGGUUUGCACAAAACACACGUGGUUUCUAUGUCACCUCUCUGUGCACAUCUCAAGCUUUAUCUACCUCCAUCUUUCCAUUUCAUCCCCUUUUCUCACUCCUCUAUUACUGUGCAUUUCACAUGUCUUUACCCUUCACAGUGAUUCAGUGUAUGACUCAUUGACAUUAUAUAAAUCUCUCAUGAUUCCCUACAUUGCCAUGUGCUUUAUUCAAACACUGUAAUGUGCGAUGAUGUGUAUUGAUCUGAUGCCUGUUCAUAUCUCUCCAUACCUGCUGCAAACAGAGCUUUUAUUCCCUGAUUUUAUUAGUGUAUGUGGGAGGUGUUAUAAAAUCAUGUAUCGUAUUGUAUAGCUGUGUUUUCAUGAGCUGUUUCUUUUAAGAGCACGAACAUUUUUAGGUUUUCUGUUUUAUAAAAAGAAACAUUUUGACAAAUGCUUUUACAAAAAUGUGAAUGUGGCAAAUGCUCCCCGUUGUACUUCAGAAAUAUGCUUUGUUUUAUAGUCAAAUACAGUAUUUGUAUAUUAAAAAUGCAUGUAUUAAGUCUACAUUUAGUGCAGCUGUUGAGUUUAAAUAAUCCUACUGAAUAAAAUAUUUGUAUAUUAGCGUUAUUAACAGAAGUGUUAUCAUCACCAAUUAUGUUUUAGUGCUUGUAUAACAACAUAAACGUGAUCUCUCAUGUGGAAUAACUAGGGCUGUGGGAAGGCUAGACAAAUUACAGACUUGUCCUUAUUUUCACACCUAUAUUCCACUAGUGUUAUCACCAUGACAACUGCAUGCUUCCUUUUUUUUUUUUCUUUUAGUAUUGCUCUGCCUGCAAUACUUUUUUGUUUUGAUUUUUAUAGUGCAUGAAGAUACAAGGUUCCUGUAAAUGCAGUCCUCUGAAAUACAUCUGAACAAGAAGGCCCAAAAUUAAUAGAAUUCACUCAUAAAACACACAGCAAAUAUGUGCAACAGCUUAAUGUACCAGACUGUUGCACUCCAUAUUUUAAAAGAUUUUAGAGUGAUAAGUACAUUUAUUUAAGGCAGAACUCCACAUUAGGCAUUCAUUGGUGAGGACCUACAUUCUGAGAACCUUUGUGUCCUAUUAUAUUUAAUUUUAUUUAUUAAAUUCUUUAUUUGAAAAGGGACCAUGUAAAUUUUUUAACAUAAAUGUUUCCAUUUUAUGUAUUGUACCCGAUUUAGCCAAAAGCUAAUUUUCAUCCGCAGUCCCCAUGUCCUAUUAUUGACCGCAUGGCUGCAUCUGCUUAUCUCUAAAGAAUGGGAUUUGACUUACCAAGUUCACCACAGGUUGCUGGUAAACACCAGACUUGCUGGAGUGCCAUUAUCCAGCACAUAAACUGAAAAAAAUAGUGUUAACGUAAAAAUUUCCUUUAUGUGAUAACAUAUAAAUUAACUGGUAUGAUUCAAGUGAAAAAUAUUAUUUAACAUCACUGAAUGAACCUGACUACUUAGGCUACACCAAGAAGACUAAUACAAAAAAAAAUAGCUCCUUAAAGGAAUAGUUCAACCAAAAAUUACAAUUCUCCACAGUAACUUUCACAUUCUUCUUUUUGUAUUUUUGGUGAUACACAUUCAUUAUGCACAUCACCCCCUACUGGGCAAGGAGAAAAAUGUCUAGGAAAAAAAGGACUUAACCCUUAUGUUCUGUUUGGGGUCUAUGUGACUCCAGACCCUCUUCAAAUAGUAAAAAAGAAAUCAUAUUUUUUCUGAUAUUUCAUGAAUUGUCCUAAUUACAUAAGAUCUUUUCAGAAAUGUGUUUUUUACUUAAUGAUAAUGUUUCUGAUGCCCGCUAUGGCAUAACUACACACAUGUGAUGUUUGGGGUCAUAUUGACCCCAGUAAUAAAUGUUAU